AUGGUGGUGGCACGAAAACACCACCAGCGUGAAGAAUUAUUCGACAGCAGUCGAGAUCGAGAAUAUCUGUAUGCCCACGAUGUCCCCACGCUUUGCGCCUGCUGCAAUGCCUCACUCACUCAGGAGAAGACAGGCGCGGAAUCGGUGAUAGGCACCACCUCGGCGGUGCAGCAAGUGGAAGAGGAAUGCGGGGUGCCGGUUGUGAGCGUGGUUGGAAUGUCCCACUUGACCGAGUACAUGGCUUCCAAGGAGAACGCGACGCCUGGCGCGAAUGCCCAGGUUGAUGUGUAG